AUGCAGGGCCCUGCGGGGAACGCGAGCCGCGGGCUGUCGGGCGGGUCUGCCACCGCCGCGUCCGGGGCGGGCCGCUGCGAGAGCGGCGCGCUCAUGCACAGUUUCGGCAUCUUCCUUCAGGGGCUGCUCGGCGUCGUGGCCUUCAGCACGUUGAUGCUCAAACGCUUCCGAGAACCAAAGCAUGAAAGACGUCCGUGGAGGAUAUGGUUUCUAGACACUUCCAAACAAGCCAUAGGAAUGCUGUUCAUCCACUUUGCCAAUGUAUACCUAGCGGAUUUCACGGAAGAGGACCCUUGUUCACUGUACCUCAUCAACUUCCUCCUGGACGCCACCGUGGGCAUGCUGCUCAUCUAUCUGGGGGUGCGUGCCGUCAGCGUCCUGGUGGAGUGGCAGCAGUGGGAGUCCCUGCGUUUUGGCGAAUAUGGAGACCCUCUGCAGUGUGGAGCCUGGGUCGGCCAGUGUGCGCUGUACAUCGUGAUCAUGAUUUUUGAAAAAGCUGUCAUCUUCAUCAUCAUCCUGAUACUCCAGUGGAAAAAGGUGUCCCUGUUGAAUCCCAUUGAAAACCCAGACCUGAAGCUGGCCAUUGUCAUGCUGAUCGUCCCCUUCUUCGUCAAUGCUUUGAUGUUCUGGGUAGUGGACAAUUUCCUCAUGAGAAAGGGGAGGACGAAAGCUAAACUGGAAGAAAGGGGAGCCAACCAGGACUCGAGGAAUGGGAGCAAGAUUCGCUACCGGAGGGCCGCAUCCCACGAGGAGUCCGAGUCAGAGAUUCUGAUCUCGGCCGAUGACGAGAUGGAGGAGUCCGAUGUGGAGGAGGACCUCCGCAGACUGACGCCUCUGAGGUCUGCGAAGAAAAAGAAGCACCGUUUCGGGCUGCCUGUAUGA